AUGGAUGACCUGGCGGGAAUCGACUGGUCUAAGAACACGAGCAACCAGAAGCCUCCCGCAGCCAACUAUACACUAAACAAUACAUCAUUCUCAAGCCUGCGCCCGACACCGCCCGUCUCUGGCCGGGCAACACCCUUAUCUGGCAAUGCUCCGUCGAUAAAGCCACUUUCGAAACCUGCGACGCCUGCACAGUCUGGAGAUAACUUCGCAAACCUCGUGUCGUGGUCCUCCAACCCAUCCAACACCAAACUCUCCCUCCAGGAACAACAGAAGAAAUUAGCAGAGGCAAGGUUGCAGAGCGGCCACCCGAAACAAACGCUUGGCAGCAAUCAUUGGGCGGGCGCCGACGACGCAGUAUGGAACAGUCUGGGUAGUGGGCGAAGCACCCCUGCCCCAAGCGCACAGCAGAAUGGGAGUACGGCACCCAGAAGCGGUGGUAAUGAUGAAGACGACUUGUUCGCCGACUUCAACGCCCACAAAGCGCAGACCGCAAAGUCUCCAGAAUGUAGACCUGCACCUGCAGCAGCAAAAGCAUCUCAGGACUUCCCAGACGAUGACGAUCCGUUUGGCCUGGCAGGACUCCAGCAGAAGACUGUCAGUCGGCAAGAGACCACGUCUACUAUGCACAGUGACGAUGACGACGUACUUGGGCUCCUUGGCAAGCCUGUCGAUCUAUCUCGGAGGAGGCCAGAUCAAGAAGAGCCACAACGACCGAAACCGAAGGGAACCAGUAGCGAACAUCCACAGGAUAAGGCAAUUGCAGAACUGGUCGACAUGGGCUUCCCUGCUGAAAAGGCCAAGGCAGCGCUUGAGACCACAGACUCUGGCUUCGACGUUCAGGCUGCUGUAGGAUAUCUGCUCAACUCUGCCCAUGAAGAGGCACGUGAGCGAUCUCAGAGUCGCAAUCAGGCAGCCAAUGGACAGAGCAACAACGCGUCUUCGACGGGCCGUGGUGGCCUCAUGCAGCGACGGCAACAGCAGAUCGAGAAGGAUCCUAGCCAGGUCGCCGCUGAUAUCGGUGCGAGCUUCUUCAAGACUGCCAAUUCGUUAUGGAAACAAGGUCAGAAGAAAGUGCAGCAGGCCGUGCAGGAGUUCAACUCUGACAGCGAAAGCGGCAGUCAACCCAAAUGGAUGCGCGAAGCGGGCCAACAAGAGGGUUCUGGCGGGCAGAAGGACAACGCAUUGCCUACCAGACGAAGACCGACCAGCUCGAGUGGCAAGCGGAAAGAAGCGGACGUUACAGACGAAGCAUGA